AUGCUGGGAAAGAUCGAAGCUAGCAGAAGAUUAUGGUCCUGUGUUCACUCUGUAUUUUGGCACGAAGCCACUGUGGUGUUGCAUGGAUGUGAAGCAGUGAAGCAAGUCCUGAUUGAUCAGAGUGAGGAAUUUUCUGGCAGAGGUAGUUUACCAGUGGCAGACCACAUCAACCAGGGAUUAGGAAUUGUUUUCAGCAAUGGUGAAAUAUGGAAGCAAACUCGGCAUUUCUCCCUCAUGGUUUUAAGGAAUAUGGGGAUGGGGAAGAGGACUAUUGAACACAGAAUUCAAGAGGAAGCCUUAUGUUUGGUGGGCGCAUUAAAAAACCAACGCUCUUCAAUGCUUUCCCUCUUUACUACAUUAUUUCCCAGGAAGUCAUAA